CGAGGAUCCAUACUAGUCACAGGUUCAAAUACACCAUGCAUUUCCGUGUCUUUAUCAUAGCGUGUGUCGCUUUUCUGGCUACUGCCGCCCCUCCUGAACUCACAACUGAUGAUAUUGUCACUGACAACUGCGGAUACCCCAACGGAAACUGUUAUGAUAACAACUGCCAUGGGGAGCUCAGCAGUGACCGCAUCACCUGUACUUCGGGUCCAUACCUAGGUUGUCCCUGUGGGUAUGGCUGUGGAAGGAAUGUCGGCCGUUGUAACGAAAAUGGCUGUAAUGGGAGCAAUGGUCGCUGCACAAAUAAUUAUUUGGGAUGCAAUUGUCGCUGA